UACACACCUCUCGAUCUCGAUUUCCUUUGCUUCCCUAUAAAUAGCGAAGACGGUGGAGGAAGGUGUUGUCAUCGCGUGUGAUCUCCAGCGAGGGUUGAUUCAUCUGGUCCUCAGCGAGCUCGAGAAGCCAGCAAAUCGUUUUCGGCAAUCCCCUUCGAUAGUCCCAGUGUUCAUGUCUGAUCUCAACGUCCAGAUCCCAACCGCUUUUGAUCCCUUUGCUGAUGCUAAUGCUGAGGACUCUGGUGCUGGCACAAAGGAUUAUGUGCACAUCCGCAUACAACAGCGGAACGGCAGGAAGAGUCUGACUACUGUGCAAGGAUUAAAGAAAGAAUUCAGCUACAAUAAGAUCUUGAAGGAUCUGAAAAAGGAAUUCUGCUGUAAUGGUACUGUGGUCCAAGACCCAGAGUUGGGGCAGGUCAUUCAACUUCAAGGUGAUCAGAGGAAGAAUGUUUCCAGCUUCCUAGUUCAGGCUGGAAUUGUGAAGAAGGAGCAUAUUAAGAUUCAUGGUUUUUGAGUAGUGUGUAGCACAUUGGGCUCUCUCAGCCUUCCAUCAAGGAUAUGUUACCAUUGCCCAACUAGCUUUCUUCUUGUUGCAUGUUUCUUGUGGUCCAUCCAGUGACACUCUUAAGUAGAACCCAUCUUUGAUGGCUUAUCUCUAUGAACUUACUUGUAUUAAGAACAUACGCUGUUUGAAUGAGAUUGCUGGAAGAAUGAAUGUUACGUUCUUAGUA